AUGGCAGAUAAACGACUACCGCAUCUCUCGCCCUUUCGUUCUUACAGCCGCACGGAGGAAUCGGGCCUGGCCAUCUUUCGCCACUGCACUGCUUCGACUGUCUACGAUACAGGUAUGAUUGAGGAUAAUCCAGGUGACGCAGCCACGUGUGGUUUGCUUUGCGGACUUGACCGACCGAAUCGGAACACCAUCCCGUCGACCCUGGUAUGUCAACCCUAUCUGAUCGGCAUCCUGCAGGUUCGCCAUCCAAUCUGCGCCACAGAAUCUGACAUGAAUUUCCCCGAUCGCCGUCCGACUCCACCAAUUCCUUCUGGAACAGGACCCUGA